GGCGCGCCCCCGACCCCACCCCGCCGCCACCUCCCCGCCCGCCCCCGGGGCUGUGCGGGAGAGACAAUAGAGCUGCGGGCUCCGGGGAUGGGCGGCGAGGGCUGCGCGGCCCCGGGGGCUCUGCGCUAAGGGAUGGGGCUGUAGCGGGCUCGGGGGGUGUUGGAGCGCACUUGGCUUGGAGCGGGGAGGAAGGCGGAGAAUGGGGGGCGAUGCCCCUUUCUGAGCCCAUCCCGGCUCUGCGCUGCCCUGGCAGGGUGCGGGAGAUGGCGGGGCUGCUGUGAAGAAAGUACCGGGGCUGGCCGGGGGUUGCGGAGCGGGACAUGUUGCUGGUGCCCGGCUGAUGCUCGCCGGGUGUCGGCUCUGCCGCUGAGGAGUCGGAGGACGGCGACGCGAGGCCACGGUGGAGGAAAAUCCGCGGCUCCGGCUGGGAAACCAUGGGGAGAUGCAACGGGAGAUGCACGCUGGUGGGAUUCUGCUGCCUGCAGCUGGUGGCAGCGCUGGAGAGGCAGAUCUUUGAUUUCCUGGGCUACCAAUGGGCCCCCAUCCUGGCUAAUUUCCUACACAUCAUGGCCGUUAUCCUGGGCAUUUUUGGGACCAUCCAGUACAGAUCCAAAUACCUCAUGGUGUACGCGGUGUGGCUGGUGCUGUGGGUCGGCUGGAACGCCUUCAUCAUCUGCUUUUACCUGGAGGUUGGACGCCUGUCACAGGACCGAGACUUCAUCAUGACCUUCAAUACCUCACUGCACCGCUCGUGGUGGAUGGAGAACGGGCCGGGCUGCCUGGUGACGCCGGUGCUCAACUCCAACCUGGCGCCCGAGGACCAUCACGUCAUCACGGUCAGCGGCUGCCUGCUCGACUACCAGUACAUCGAGGUGGUGAGCAGUGCCACGCAGAUCUUCCUGGCGCUCUUUGGCUUUGUCUAUGCCUGCUACGUCAGCAAAGUGUUUCUGGAGGAAGAAGACAGCUUCGACUUCAUUGGCGGGUUCGACUCCUACGGCUACCAGGCACCACAGAAGACAUCACACCUACAGCUACAGCCACUCUACACGUCCGGGUAACCUGCCCUGGAUCCAGCCCCAGCCCAGCGUGGGAGCCAGCGGCCGUAGGACCCCCCGAGAGUGAACUGCCCCACACCCAAUGACACGACCCCCAGAAUGGGGGGGGGAGGAACACGAUGCCAAGACAUCCAUCUCCUCCCUGCACCUUGCAAGACCCCUGAGGAUGGAGCCGGGAGCUGCACGUCCAUCCAGCUGGGAAGCCUCUGAGCCCAAACCAGGCACCCACAGCAGGAUGGGGAGUGGGGGGGCUUGAUACAG